GUGAUUACUGCGCGAAGUAAAAAUUCACUGCAUUUAGCAAUCAUGUUUCCGGAAUUAAGUCAAUUUCACGCAAAUAGAAUUCCUAACUACUCUCAGUUUCUCUUUCUUUCUCAAGGACCGGGCUCAACUUCACACACACACAGACAAGUCCCAGCUACUCAGUUUCUGCAAAUCGCAAGCGAUGUUGUUGGUGAAGAGAGGAGCUCAAACACUGGCCACUGCUCAUUUUCAUGCUCUCACUUCAUUCACUUUGAUGCCUCCAAUUGUAAGCACCCCUUCUCUUUUACUCCAUUCUCAUUUUCUUCUUUUCUCUACCAAGCCUAACCCUAAUUCACAACCCAAAGCCCCCUUUAUUCCUUCUCCAUCCACCACUCAUCCCGAACUAAAACAAUUACUCUAUCAUAAAUUUAAGCUUGGUUUUGAUAAACUCGACGAUGCUCUUCUUCUUUUCUCUACUAAGCCUAACCCUGAUUCACAACCAAAAGCCCCCUUUAUUCCUUCUCCAUCAACCACUUAUCCGGAGCUAAAACAAUUACUCUAUCGUAAAUCCAAGGUUGGUUUCAAUAAACUCGACGAUGCUCUUCUUGUGUUUGAUCAAAUGCUUGGUCUGAAAUCUAGGCUUUCUGUUGUGGAUUUCACACAACUAUUAACCGCCCUCGUUCGGAUGGAAGAGUACUCUGUUGCCAUAUCCAUGUUUAGAGAAUUGCGUGUUUUAAGCAUUCCUGUUAAUAUUGUUACCUUUAAUACUGCCAUCCAUUCCUGCUGUCACUUGAAUCCACUUGAUUAUGCCUUUUCAUUGCUUGCUGGAAUCAUCAAGAGUGGUUGGGUGCCUGAUGUAUUUACCUACACCACUCUCAUCAAGGGCCUUCUAUCUCAAGACAGGCCUUUGGAGGCUGGGGAUUUGUUUAACAAGCUUAUCACAUAUCAAGAAAUUCAGCCCAGUGUAGUUACGUAUAACACCAUCUUUGAUGGUCUCUGCAAAACUUCAAAUACCUCCAUGGCUCUCAAGUUUUUAAGAAAGAUGGAGAAGUUAGGUUGCAGACCCGAUAUUAUAACUUAUAACUCGAUUAUCGAUUCUCUGUGCAAAGAAAGACGAGUCGAUCAUGCAUUGGAUCUUGUGUCUGAAAUGACCCACAAAGGCAUAUUACCAGAUGUUAUAACCUAUAAUAGAUUACUUCAAGGUCUUUGCAGCUCCAGCCGAUGGGAGGACAUUGGGCCGUUGUUAAGUGAGAUGGGUGUUAGGAAGAUCUCUCCUGAUCUGCACACCUAUAAUAUACUGGUCGAUGCACACUGCAAAGAAGGGAGGACAAUAGAUGCAGAAGAUGUGAUUGCAAUUAUGAUCCAGAAAGGUGUGCCUCCUGAUGUAAUCACCUACAGUGCGCUUAUGGAUGGAUUUUGUUUAAGAGGCAACACUGACAGGGCAUUAGAGGUGCUGAAUACCAUGAUGAGUAAUGGAAUAGCGCCAAAUUGUUAUAGCUAUACUAUCCUCAUCGAUGGUCUCUGCAAGAACAGAAAACUUGACGAGGCCAGAAAUAUUUUUGAUAAGCUUGCUUCAAGAGGUUUGCAACCCAAUGUGAAGACAUACACUACGAUGAUUCAAGGAUUUUGUCAAGAAGGGUUAUUUGAGGAAGCAAAGAUAUUACUUUCUGAGAUGGAAACUAGUGGUUGUUUGCCUAACGAUGUGACUUACAACACGAUCAUCCGUGCAAGUCUUUUGAAUAAAAGAUAUGAAGAAGCAGUUGUAUUGAUAGAGAACAUGCGAGCUCGUAAAUUCUCAGAAGAUGCAUCUACCACAUCCAUGGUACUAGACCUAUUAUCUGAAGAAGAACAAGACCCCUCCGUUCUUGCUUUCUGCAAAUGGUUUUUGCAAUGUGAUAGAACUUGGAUGCCUUCUGGAGGAACAUUUGAUAUGAAGGCUCCAGCGACUUCCGUUCCUUUUUUCGCGCUUUCACUUUUCCGGUCUAUUGAGUGUUUGUCAUCUCUAAAAGUAAAGCAAGAUGUUGCACUAGAGGCUCAUCUAACGAUGUUGUCAGUGAAGAGAGGAGCUCAGACACUAGCCACUGCUCAUUUUCAUGCUCUCACUUCAUUCACUUUGAUGCCUCCAAUUGUAAGCACCCCAAUUUCUCUUUUUCAUUCUCAUUUUCUUCUUUUCUCUACUAAGCCUAACCCUAAUUCACAACCCAAACCCCCCUUUAUUCCUUCUCCAUCCACCACUCAUCCCGAACUAAAACAAUUACUCUAUCAUAAAUUUAAGCUUGGUUUUGAUAAACUCGACGAUGCUUUUCUUCUUUUCUCUACUAAGCCUAACCCUGAUUCACAACCAAAAGCCCCCUUUAUUCCUUCUCCAUCUACCACUCAUCCCGAACUUAAACAAUUACUCUAUCACAAAUCUAGGGUUGGUUUCGAUAAACUCGACGAUGCUCUUCUUGCGUUCGAUCAAAUGCUCCGUCUGAAAUCUGGGCUUUCUGUUGUGGAUUUCAACCAACUCUUAACCGCUCUUGUUCGCAUGAAAGAAUACUCUGUAGCUAUCUCCAUGUUUAGAGAAUUGCGUGUUUUAAGCAUUCCUGCUGAUAUUGUUACUUUUAAUACUGCCAUUCAUUCCUGUUGUCACUUGGAUACCCUUGAUUAUGCCUUUUCAUUGCUUGCUGGAAUCAUCAAGAGUGGUUGGGUGCCCGAUGCCUUUACCUACAACACUCUCAUCAAGGGCCUUCUAUCUCAAGACAGGCCUUUGGAGGCUGGGGAUUUGUUUAACAAGCUUAUCACAUAUCAAGAAAUUCAGCCCAGUGUAGUUACGUAUAACACCAUCAUUGAUGGUCUCUGCAAAACUUCAAAUACCUCCAUGGCUCUCAAGUUUUUAAGAAAGAUGGAGAAGUUAGGUUGCAGACCCGAUAUUAUAACUUAUAACUCGAUUAUCGAUUCUCUGUGCAAAGAAAGACGAGUCGAUCAUGCAUUUGAUCUUGUGUCUGUAAUGACCCAGAAAGGCAUUCCACCAAAUGUUAUAACAUAUAACAGAUUACUUCAAGGUCUGUGCAGCUCCAGCCGGUGGGAGGACAUUGGGCCGUUGUUAAGUGAGAUGGGUGUUAGGAAGAUCUCUCCUGAUCUGCACACCUAUAAUAUACUGGUCGAUGCACACUGCAAAGAAGGGAGGACAACAGAUGCAGAAGAUGUGAUUGCAAUUAUGAUCCAGAAAGGUGUGCCUCCUGAUGUAGUCACCUACAAUACGCUUAUGGAUGGAUUUUGUCUAAGAGGCAACACUGACAGGGCAUUAGAGGUGCUGAAUACCAUGAGGAGUAAUGGGAUAGUGCCAAACUGUUAUAGCUAUACUAUCCUCAUCGAUGGUCUCUGCAAGAACAGAAAACUUGACGAGGCCAGAAAUAUUUUUGAUAAGUUUGCUUCGAGAGGUUUGCAACCUGACGUCAUAACACACAACACAAUGAUCAGAGGACUUUGUCAAGAAGGGUUACUUGAGGAAGCAAAGCUAUUACUUUCUGAGAUGGAAACUAGUGAUUGUUUGCCUAACGAUGUGACUUACAACACGAUCAUCCGUGCAAGUCUUUUGAAUAAAAGAUAUGAAGAAGCAGUUGUAUUGAUAGAGAACAUGCGAGCUCGUAAAUUCUCAGAAGAUGCAUCUACCACAUCCAUGGUACUAGACCUAUUAUCUAAAGAAGAACAAGACCCCUCCGUUCUUGCUUUCUGCAAAUGGUUUUUGCAAUAAGUACUGAAUUUUAUGGUUCA